CUCAACCGUGAAGUGAGGCGGAUUGCAUCCUUCUGCAAGGUUGCAUAAUGGUAGCUAUGAUGGAUACGGAAGUGGUGUAUGUCCUUCAAAAUAAAGUGAAUUAAAAAUAUCUGUAGCAAGACAAAGGUUUGGGUAAGCUAAUUUUUGAACAGCACGGUUGAAUAUGAAUCUAUAUUUAUGCCAAAUUAAUAUUGUUCGGAUUACCAAACCAGCAUUAUCAGCAAUGAGGAAUUAACCCCUUUUUAUCAUUACUUGAAUGAAGCAAGCUUUUAUUUUGAAGGCCUUAGUGUGAACACUCUUGCUGGCUUAACCUAACAGUUGUCUGUCGCAGCAGGCAGCUUCUACCGUCUGACAUGAUGACAGACAUGGGUCCGGCGAUGCGGUUGUCGUUGUUCGGCCUCCUUCUGUGCCUGCAGCUCGGCAGGGCUUCAGCCCGCAGCCCCCGCACGGUGGACCAGGUGUCCGAGGCCGACAUCCAGCGGCUCCUGCACGGCGUCAUGGAGCAGCUGGGCAUCGCUCGGCCCAGGGUGGAGUAUCCUGCACAUCAGGCCACUAACAUCGUCGGGCCUCAGAGCAUACAGGGUGGUGCUCACGAGGGGCUGCAGCACCUCGGCCCCUUCGGAAACAUCCCCAACAUUGUGGCUGAGCUGACGGGCGACAACGUUCCCAAAGACUUCAGCGAGGACCACGGGUACCCAGACCCUCCAAACCCCUGCCCCCUGGGAAAAACAGCAUCAGAUGGCUGUUUGGAAAACGCUCCGGACACGGCUGAGUUCAGCAGAGAGUUUCAGAAACACCAGCACCUGUUUGACCCGGAGCACGACUACCCAGCUCUGGCUAAAUGGAACAAGGAGCUUUUGUACCAAAAACUAAAGGGAGGACCCAAAAGAAGGAAAAGGAGCGUGAACCCUUACUUGAUGGGCCAGAGGCUGGAGAACGUGGUUGCCAAAAAAUCUGUUCCUCAUUUCUCUGAGGAGGAGGAGGACGAAGCACCUACUGCCAAAUCCACAACCUAAAUUCUCCUGCACCUGCAACACUCACUGUAAUAUUGAAAGUAUACUCUCAGAAUCAAGUUUUUAACACGUUUCAACACUUUGGUUAUCAAAUAAUGGAAGUAUGAGCUCAGAAAUUCAGAUAAAGUAAGGUGAGAGAAGUUCCUGUCCUGCUUUUAUUUGUUUUAAUGUAAAGACACUAAGGAGCUGAGAUCUUGUUCAGUAUUUAGCGGUAUCAGCCUCACAGUGAGUGCCGUAGAUCUUACACCUGCAUUCCAGAGAACAUAAAAAUCAUUAAAAAAAAACAGUGCUUCAAGGAAAUGAACCUUCAAAACUUUGAUAGAAAAAAAUCCUCUGACAUCAUGGGUGACAACUUUCCGUUCAUGACAGGAAAAGUGCAAAAUCUCAACACCUAGUAGAAAACACUCACCAUCUGUGGAACUCCACACUGUUGCAGCUUCAUUGGACUUUUGCACUCAGAUUUCUUUUGCCGUUUUUUUGGAGUUAAAGGAUGAACCUCCAGCAGCAAACUGUACCUACGACUUAGUUUGAAAGUUUCUCUUCAGAAGGAAAUAGUUGUCCAGUAAGUGAUACAGAAAUUCAGAUAAAGACCUCUUUAUAGAAAUUGUUCUCAAAUGUGUCAACAACCUCCAAACUCAUGCUGAUGUAAAAAGGGAUUCCUAUUUGAUAAGAUAUCAUCUCAGUGUCCCCCUCCUGAGAUGAUUUUUACUUUAAGUGUCUGCAAACCAUGACCAAAUUAUUAAUACCCUUUUAUAGAGUUACUUAUUGAUUGAAUUAUUAUGACAAAUUGCUAGGGACCCCCAUUAAGGACCCUAAUUUGCUGACUACAUUUUUGGCCGGUGGAAAUCCAUGUAUCUUGAGAUUUCACUCUUUACUUACCUAAAUGGUAAAACACAGUGUGUUAAAAACUUGUCUGUAAGUGUACACCUUAUCCACCACUGUACAAUAAUAAGCUGUAUAAAGAUAUAUUGACUUAAAGGAAUGUUGAAUAAGAAAGUUAUUAUAUUCAUGACUGUACAGGCAUUAAGUAACACACACUAAAGUUUAUUUUUCAUCUUAAUAUAACAGUUUAUAUCCUUAGAUUGAAUACAGAUCUUAUUCUUUGAAGUGCAUUUUAAACUGUCGUAGCUUUGUUCUGUCAUGUAACGGGUGCCUGAUGAUUCCACCACUGUUGCAUGGCAUAUUCUGUAAAUCUGUUCUGUUCACGUACAUCAGAGAUGUGUUGAAUCAGUGUUGGGUCAAUUCUCCUCCACAUAAACGUUUGUGUUUUUGUUCUGUAAAGUCAAAUAAAAGAUUUAUCUGCAUUGAGAAAGUC